AAAGAUGCCACACUUGUCCGCUGUAAAUGCAUCGCGUAGCGUGUCCUUACUAUUACUUCGUGCGUGAACCAAUCAGCUGUUUUGCUUUGUUGAGCCGCCGCCAAGUGUACAUAACUCUUGUGUAUUCUGCUUGCACCAGAAAGUUACAUUUUCUUAUUGCAGUAAUAUCCGCCAGUAAGGCCACUGUAUGCUUAAAAUUAAUUUGGUGGAAUUGUUAUUGUUCCACUUAAAAAAUCCAUGUCCCACAAUUAUUUUGUGGAAGGUUAUUAUAAAAAAAUUAUUCUCGUAAAUGUUGUCCCGCCGGAGUCGCCAUUUUAGUGAUACGUCGAGUAUGCAAUAGCCACUGUACCUAAUGAUAUAUUAUUUCCCCGCAAUUUUCAAGCAAACUCGAGGAUCAUUUCCAAGAUUCCAUUGACGUAUUAAUACAAGGGAUGACUCAGCAAAACAAAACAAUGAAUUUUUUGAUACAUGAUGCCAACGGCCAUCCACAGGUAAUAAAGGUAGUGCAGAGCACUCCGAACAAGUCACUGAGUAGUAUUGUGGGAACUACAAACACAGGAAGUUUAAAAGUUUUUAAAGCACCUGGACAAGAAUCUCGGGUCCUGUCUUCUGGAACACAAGUCUUAAGAACAAUUAGUCUACAAAGUCCUUCAUCUCCAGCUCAACGUCUGGUGACAAUACCGAUACAAAAUGCAAAAAUGUCAGCCGUAAAAGGAGGUGAUUCGGUAAUGACGAAGACAAUACAGCUCACAUCAUCCCAAAUGAGCGACAUAAAACAAGCAAUAGCAUCACAGCAACAACAACAAAUUAGCAACCAACAUAUAGUGAAGGAUCUGUCGGCAAAGACAUUUAUUAGUCCAAUUUUGGAUCACAGCGGAGCGCGAAAACGACAUGACACGGACAGUGGAGAUUUUGUACCAGAUAAAAGGCGGAAAACAGAGAAAGUCGGAAAAGGCUUACGACACUUUUCCAUGAAAGUCUGCGAAAAGGUGAAGAAAAAAGGAACCACGUCAUAUAAUGAAGUGGCGGAUGAAUUGGUCGGUGAAUUUACUAACCCUGCCCACGUAAAUUCGUUAACGGAUCAGCAAUAUGAUCAAAAGAAUAUAAGACGGCGAGUUUAUGACGCUUUAAACGUUUUAAUGGCUAUGAAUAUUAUUUCUAAAGAAAAAAAAGAAAUUAGGUGGUUAGGGUUGCCUACGAAUUCACUACAAGAGUGCAUGUCUUUAGAGAAAGAUAAAAAAAAGAAAAUAGAACGAAUCAAAGCCAAAACACAGCAACUUCAUCAGCUUAUCCUUCAACACAUUUCCUUUAAGAAUCUGGUUGAACGAAAUCGAAUUCACCAACAUCUUUAUGGACUACCCAAGCCCAAUUCUGCUAUUCAGUUGCCAUUUAUUAUAGUCAACACUAGUAAAAGGACAAUUAUAGACUGCUGUAUUAACGACGAAAAAACUGAGUACCUGUUUAAUUUUAACGACAAAUUUGAGAUUCAUGACGAUAUUGAGGUCCUCAAACGAAUGGGUCUAGCUUUUGGUUUGGAUAAAGGAGAAUGUUCAAGUGAAGAUAUGCAAAAGGCUAAAUUAAUGGUUCCUAAAUCUUUGGAGAAAUACGUUGAACAGAUGGCAUCCGGAGAUCUUGAUCAAUUUAUCCCCGUAACAAUUCCCGGUCCAAGUACUUCAAUGGAUGAUUUUGAAGUGAAAUUAGAAGGUGCCUCACGACCACCUUCAUCUUCUCAAACUUCGCUCUCUGAAGAUCCAUUAUCACCGCCAUCACAGUACUGCUCAGAAGAAGAAGAUGAGGACGAUGAGAGCGGGCAAGAAGAACAAGCUGACAGUGAUCUUGAAAUCAACUAGCACUUCUAUCGAUUCCCACAAAGGCUAACCCAAGAUUUAUUUGUUCUGUGUAUAAAGUUCUGCUGUUCAGAAAUCGCUGAAUCUUUGAAUCUCCAAACGUUGCUUAGUGUGACUAAAUCUUAUUUAUCUGUUGAAUCAAAUUUUAGCAAGGGAUAUCUUUUGAAUUAAUUUCACAUAGUAUUGAUGAUUUUAUCACAUAAAUAUAUGUUCAUGAAUUAACGAUUUCCCUGAUCGCUUACUGUAGAUUCGCCGUUUGCCGAAGUGGAGGUUCUGGUUUCACGUACAGUCGGUAUGAUUUUUUGUCUAGAUCAUGAUGAUUCGCCAGGGGCCAAACAAAUCUUACAAAAUCGCAGUUCAUUCAAAAUGAUUAAAAAUGGGGCGGCUUAAAUAUUGUUUAUAAAGUAUUUAACGUUUAAGAUAUGAGAGAUCCGCAUGGCUGCAUCUUAUGUGCAGAAUUACUCUUAGUAUCAUCAUUACUGAUUAUGAAACUGGAUGCUAUUUCAAUCGCAUCCCAGAUUUAUAUGAUUAGUAAUAAUGUAAGAUAAUCUUACGAUAUCGCAUAUGACACACAUGUAUAAAAUAUAACUUCUGCUAUCGAUUUUCAUAUGGAUAAUUAUAAAAAAUAUGUAGGUGGUACGUAACAGAUACUACUAUGAAACAUAAAAACACACAAACAAAUGUGCGUGUGUGUGUUUAUAUGUAUGUAUAUACCGGAAUUAUGUCGAUAGCGGGCGUCAUUUUCUGGAAAGGCAACUACUCCCGACAAAAUUGCGCGCUUGUCUGUAAAACAAAAUUUUUCAUUAUAUAUUCAUUUUCUUUGAUGGAGGUAGUUUUUUAACCAAUUUUUUAUUAUACAUAUAUGUCUAUAUGUGUCAGUCUGGAAUUAUAAAUAAAUUGUCAUACCAUGACA